AAGUGAAGAACACUGUGCUGCUGUACAUAGGACGCUUCCAGUAAAUAGACACCUGUCAACAUUCAAAGAACAAGAAAGAAAGAAGGACACUAAUACCACAAUGUACAGUCAGAAACGCUAUGACAGCCCACCAGAUUACAGCCCACCUACGUACCUUCAACAGAACAGCCAUGGUCCUGGAUCCUAUGGUUAUCACAUUCACUCUGCCCAUCCUGAUUCAUUUUACCAAGAGGACAUCCCCCCACAGCACUUCUAUAAGUGGAAAUCACCACCUGGCAUUGUCCGAAUUCUUCAGGGCAUUGUUGUAUUUUUAUGUUUGGCUAUUUUUGCCUGUGUGGCAUCAACGUUGUCCUGGGAAUAUAACUAUGGAUACAUGGGCGGCUUAGGUGGAUACGGCUAUGGUGGAGGCUAUGGUGGAUAUGGUGGCUAUGGUGGAUAUGGUUAUGGGGGUAACUCAGGCUAUGGUUAUGGCUAUGGUAUGACCAACCCUCAAGCUGCAAGUGGCUUCAUGAUGGCCAUGGCUGUGUUGACUUUUAUAGCUAACUUGGGACUCUUUAUAGCAAGUGUAACUAAAUCUGGUGGAACUCGAUCACGUAAGUUCUUUAUGAUUAUAUUGGUGCUGAGUGCAGUUUUGGCUACCCUGGAUAUUAUUGCCUCUAUUGUGUACAUUGUUGGAGUAAAUCCAAGAGCCCAGAUGAGUGGUGGCAUGUAUUAUAGUCAGAUGAUGGCAUUAUGUAACCAGUUCUACUCUCCUGUGACUUCUGGAGCAGGCAUCAUGAAUCAAUAUCUGUACCACUACUGCAUGGUGGAUCCACAGGAGGCCAUUGCUAUAGUGUGUGGCUUUAUUGUGGUCAUUCUGCUGUGUGUCACAUCCUUCUUUGCACAGAAGACAAGAAGCAAGAUAUGGCGUUACGGAGAACCUAAUAUUUACUGGGAAAAACCCUUUGAGCCCUAUCAAGAGGGUCCUAAUGUGGAGGAAUGGGUAAAAAGUGUUCCAGGCGGCGCUCCAGAUGAAACUGCAACUAUAAUCUACUCAGAAAAGUCACAGAGUCCUGACAAGGCUCUGAGCAAUAGCAGCAUUUACAAGCCACCAAGGCAGGAAUUUGAAGAAAGAGUUAACAGCCCACUCACCAGCAGCCCACCUAUAUCAGCUUCUGAGACCCAGGAGCAGAGCACGAGCAGACCUCUGGUCCGCAGGGGUCGUAGAUGGAGGAGGAAUCCAGAGCUUGAUGAGUCUCAGUAUGAAACAGAUUAUACAACAGCAUUUGAAUCUGGAGAUGAAAGAGAUGUAGGGGAAUGGGACAGUGUAUAUCCACCCAUCACUUCAGACAUUCGACGGCAGGAGUAUAAGCGAGAGUUUGAUUCUGACCUCAGGAAGUACAAGAAGAUGUGUGCAGAAAUGGAUGAUAUUAACACCCAACUACAACAACUCAGCAAACAACUGGAUGGACUUACUGAUGGCACUGCUCAGUAUCAGGGGGUGGCAGAGGAGUACAACAGGCUCAAAGACAUUAAAAGAACUCCUGAUUACCAAACAAAGAAGAGUGAAACCAAACUGCUCCGAAACAAACUAUUUCACAUGAAGAGAAUGGUUAAUGCUUAUGACAAAGGAAGGGGUUGAUUAAACAAAGCACUACAGCAAUGCCAAUGAUAACCACAAGAGGGCAAUCAACACCACUGGAUUAAAUCAUGCAUUUGUUUUUAUUGGUAAAAUGUCAUCUAUAUACAAUUCGAUAUUACAUUUUUGAUUUGAUAUACUGUAAAUAGCAGGUUCUUGUUUACAGCUAUACGGACUACCUGUUCAGUGACUGCCAUAACUAUGGCUCACUGCGGCUUUUAGGAGUAUCUGUUGCUGACGUUUGUGAUUGCUGUAUGUCUGAAGUGUGUGAGUUACAUUUAUUGCCUGCUUUUGUUUUUGUUUUUUU